GAACGAUCAUGACGUUCUGCUCAGUCAAAGCAUUUCGCUCACUUCCUCUGAAAGUGAAACAAACCCGCUUCACUCAGCGAGGAGCUGCUUUAAUGACCGCCACCCAGUUUGGUACUUUGUGUUUUUGUUUCGGGUAGAAAUCCCCACUCCACCAAGUUAUCAACUUCUGAAGACACUUUUCUUCUUUUUGACGCUUUUACUUGACAGCCUUGUCAGCCGUCGGCUUCACGGCUCUAGCUUUAAGGACAGGACAAUGGACAGGCUGCUGCUGUCCCGGAUUGACGAGGACCUGGACGCUGGAGAGGUGGCCGAGCUGUGCUUCCUGUGCAGCGACGUCAUCAACAGAAAGCAACUUGAGGAGAUCAAGUGUGCAAGGGACUUGUUCGUGAAACUGGAGGAGAAAGGUUUCUUGAACAGUGCAUUCCUCGCCGAGCUGUUCAGCACCACCCGCCGAGUAGAUCUCCUCAACCUGCUUCAGAGCGACGGCAGAGAAAGGGAGGAAACGGACGCCUCUCCUGCUUACCUGCCUGAAUACAGGUUGAUGCUGUAUAAAAUACACGAGGAUUUGACCGACGACAAGGUGGAGACGUUGAAGUUUCUGGUCAACGAUCAGAUCGCCAAACGACACCUGGACAUGAGCAGCACGGCUUUAAACGUGUUUGCUGAAAUGGAGAAGGCAGGUGUGAUCUCUAAAAGCAACGUGGAUAAACUCCACGAGCUCAUGAUCAACAUUGGGAAUAAACCGCUGGCAGAAAUUGUCAAAAGGUACAAAGACAGGCUCCCUCCCGCAGGUCCAGAAGGAGGCGUUAACAAUCGUAGUGCACAACAGGCGACGGCGCCAUCCGAAGACAUAGACGAGUUCUACAGUCUGACACAGAAUCCUCGAGGCUUGUGUGUGAUCAUCAGCAACGAGGACUUCAUGGGCUCUAAAUACAAAAAACGUCUUGGAAGCAAAAUGGACAACGAAAAUCUAAGCAAGCUGUUCAAACGCUUCGGCUUUGUUCCGGACAUACACAAAGACCUGACAGCCGACAAGAUUACAGAGACGCUCAAGAAGCUGAGCGAGAGGGACUUUUCUAAAGAGGAUGCCUUGGUGGUGUGUGUGCUAUCCCACGGAGAAAUAGGCACCAUCAUUGGCACCGAUGAAAAGGAAGUGACACUGGAACAAAUAUUCGAGCCGUUCAAGAACGUUUCCUCCUUGUUUGGGAAGCCCAAGCUCUUCUUCAUUCAGGCAUGUCAGCAAGAGGUGCCUCAAAAGACAAACCAGGAUGAGCCGUCCAAAGAGACGCCAUUAAAUUCUGUCUACUCGGACGCGACUUGUCCUUCUAAGGAUGGAGACAUUUUGAUUGGCAUGGCCACAGUGCCUUACAGCAAAGCUUAUCGGCACACAGAAGAUGGCUCCAUAUACAUCCAGGUACUCUGCAAGGAGCUGGAAAAUGCAGCUAAAAGCCCGAAGAGAGACGACAUACUCACCGUCUUAACGCGUGUGAACAGGAAGGUCAACAACCAUUGUUUGAUACCUAGUAGGCAGAUGCCAGAGCCCAAAUACACUCUCACCAAGAGGCUCGUCUUGAGAUUUAAAAAGGUCUAUCUGUGUUACUUGUUUCAUUCUCAUAGAAGAACUGCAGUGCUGGUCACUGAUCAAACACAGUGUAGCAAUGGAAAAGAUCUUCCAUUGCUUAAAAAUGCUGCUUUGUGUGGCCAUCUUGGACUCUUUAAUACAGGUCCAGAAGGAGGCGUUAACAAUCGUAGUGCACAACAGGCGACGGCGCCAUCCGAAGACAUAGACGAGUUCUACAGUCUGACACAGAAUCCUCGAGGCUUGUGUGUGAUCAUCAGCAACGAGGACUUCAUGGGCUCUAAAUACAAAAAACGUCUUGGAAGCAAAAUGGACAACGAAAAUCUAAGCAAACUGUUCAAACGCUUCGGCUUUGUUCCGGACAUACACAAAGACCUGACAGCCGACAAGAUUACAGAGACGCUCAAGAAGCUGAGCGAGAGGGACUUUUCUAAAGAGGAUGCCUUGGUGGUGUGUGUGCUAUCCCAAGGAGAAAUAGGCACCAUCAUUGGCACCGAUGAAAAGGAAGUGACACUGGAACAAAUAUUCGAGCCGUUCAAGAACGUUUCCUCCUUGUUUGGGAAGCCCAAGCUCUUCUUCAUUCAGGCAUGUCAGCAAGAGGUGCCUCAAAAGACAAACCAGGAUGAGCCGUCCAAAGAGACGCCAUUAAAUUCUGUCUACUCGGACGCAACUUGUCCUUCUAAGGAUGGAGACAUUUUGAUUGGCAUGGCCACAGUGCCUUACAGCAAAGCUUAUCGGCACACAGAAGAUGGCUCCAUAUACAUCCAGGUACUCUGCAAGGAGCUGGAAAAUGCAGCUAAAAGCCCGAAGAGAGACGACAUACUCACCGUCUUAACGCGUGUGAACAGGAAGGUCAACAACCAUUGUUUGAUACCUAGUAGGCAGAUGCCAGAGCCCAAAUACACUCUCACCAAGAGGCUCGUCUUGAGAUUUGUUUGAACUGUCUGGAACCGUGCCUACGUAUUAAAUGAUCUGAUGUGCGCUGGA